AUGUCAACGUCCCAGAAGCACCGAGAUUUCGUAUCCGAACCAAUCGGCGACAAAAGUGUAUUCGAGUUGCCAGGCAUUGGAGAAGUUCUCGGACAAAAAUUGAAAAGGAAGGGCUACAGCAUGGCCUACAAUGUACUUGGCCAAUACCUCCUGCUGAAUAAGGACGAAGAGUUGUUCAUUGACUGGAUGAAAAUAACUUCGUCAGCCAACCAGAAGCAAGCCAAGGAUUGUUUCGAUGCUUUAGACAGUUGGUGUUCCGCGUUUAUGCAUUAG